GCCAGUAAUGAGUUGGUAGUUCGAGAUUCGUGACUACCGAGCACCAACAAAGGAGGUGAAACUAGCUGUGUAGUGAACGUAAUAUUUUUUUUUGGAAAUGGCAGACCUACUGGCAGUGCCAAUGAAAAAACCUUCAGAAAUUGAUAUAGUUAAACCUUUAAAAAAUUUAAUCUCCUCUUCGUAUAGCACAGCCGACAAUCCCCAAGACUAUGGUGAAGCGAUAAGCGAAUUGAGUAAACUUCGUAAUAAUGCCAUUUGGCGUGUUUAUGAGAAGUAUGAAAGUUCUUUGGAAAUUGUUUACAGUUACUAUGAUCAACUCUGUGGCCUAGAAGGAAAAAUUCCUUCCCAUGAAGUUCAGAUUCCUUUUAAGUGGAAAGAUGCUUUCAAUAAGGGUUCAAUUUUCGGUGGAAAGAUUAGCCUGACUGUGUCAUCUCUUUCCUAUGAGAAGGUCUGUGUACUUUUCAAUAUAGCAGCACUACAAAGCUCAGUUGCUGUUGCCCAGAGUAUUGAAAAUGAUGAUGGAUUAAAAUUAGCUGCCAAAAUGUUUCAGCAAGCUGCUGGGAUCUUCAGUCAUCUGAAGGGCAAUGUUAUGUUAGCAAUCCAGCAAGACCCAACCCCAGAUUUGAAUCCAGAAACUCUUGGGGCAUUAUCUGCUCUCAUGUUGGCACAAGGACAAGAAAUAUUUGUUCAGAAAGCAAUACAUGAUAAGAUGAAGGAUGCAGUGAUAGCCAAAUUGAGUUCUCAGUGUGAAGAGCUCUAUGUCGAAGUAUUGAAACUGUUCCAGAAGGAAUUACUCAGGCCUCUGUGGGAUAAAGAAUGGAUUCCAACAGUGGCUGGAAAACAGGCCGCAUAUCACGGGCUUGCCGAGUAUUAUCAGAGUCUUGUAUGCAAAGCGAACAAAAGUGUUGGUGAAGAAAUAGCAAGACUUGAACAUGCCUUGGAAUUGUUCAAAGCAGCACAACAGAGGUCAGGGAAACCAUCCUUCUUUCAAGACUAUGCAAACAAAUCACAGAGGAAUCUAACUGAAGCCAAAAAAGACAAUGAUUUUAUUUACCAUGAGAGAAUUCCAGAUGUAAAAAGUUUACCUCCUGUCGGGAAAGCGCUGUUGGCUAAAACUUUGCCAGUUCCAGAAAGACUGAGUCAGAACUUUAAAGACUUGUUUGUUGAGUUGGUCCCUGUCACUGUCCAUCAAGCUUUGGCUGCAUAUGAUGUGAGGAAGAAUGAAAUUGUGAACUCUGAAAUUAUGAAACUGCGGGAGAGUACACAGCUUCUUAACAGUGUUUUGGCAUCAUUAAAUCUUCCUGCGGCCUUAGAAGAUACAUCUGAAAGUUCAUUGCCACAGUCACUUGUGGAAAAAGCAUCAGCUGUAAGGAAUAAUGGUGGCAUUCAGGAGUUGGAGAGAAUGAUUCAAGAACUGCCAGAACUCCUACAAAGAAAUAAGGAUAUUCUUGAUGAGACCGAAAGAAUGGUCCGUGAUGAGAAGGAAUCAGAUGACCAACUGCGUAAUCAAUUCAAGGAACGUUGGACCCGUACACCAUCAGACAGAUUGACCGAGACAUUCCGCGCCAAUAUGGGCAAGUAUCGGGAGAUCAUCAAUAACGCCAUGCAGGCUGACAAAGUAAUUCGCGACAAAUUUGAGAGCCACCGUCGAGGUAUGGAACUGUUGACGAAGGGACCGACUGAGAUGCUGGCCGCUGUGCCUUCAGCAGGUCCUGGAGGAAGCAACGUGCAGAACAGCUCGGCAGUUCACCAUCUCAGAAAACUUAUGGAAGACGUAGAGACUAUCAAAGCAGAGCGUGAUACCGUUGAAUGUGAACUUAAGUCAGCAACAGCAGAUAUGAAAUCAACAUUCCUCAAUGCACUGGCACAAGAUGGAGCUAUAAAUGAGCAAGCCAUGUCUGUGGAAAGUUUGGGUAGGGUAUUUGGACCUCUGCAGCGUCAAGUGAAGGAGAGUCUGCAGAAACAAGAAGCUUUAGUUGCAGAUAUUCAGGUAAAAAAUACAGAAUUUUGUAAAGAGAAAUCUGGUGUUGGAGCUGCUGCCGAGAGGGAAACGGUAUUGAAGGAGCUGGCUGCUGCUCACGAUGCCUUCAUUGAACUCAAAGGCAAUCUGUCUGAAGGAGAAAAGUUUUACAAUGAUCUUACACAGAUUCUGGUGGGAUUUCAGAACAAAAUUUCUGACUUUUGUUUUGCUCGCAAGACUGAAAAGGAGGAAUUGAUGAAAGACCUGACACAGAGCAUUGGACGUGAAACUUUUGGUGCCACUCCAGCAAUACCAGGUCAUCACACCCCAACUCAAGAGGGCAAGAAGCAGCCGCCACCAAGACCUCCACCACCCACUUCUACUUCUGGCAGUGCACCAAGUGUUCCUCCACCAUCAACACUGCCGUACCCCUCGUACCCUCAGGGGAUGCCUGUUCCCUAUGCAGCCACACAAGCAGCUCCUUACCCUGCCUAUAUGCCUUCUCCAGUCCUUCCGGCUGGCUACAACCCCUACGCUGUGGCACCAUAUCCUCAACAAGGUUAUGGUGGAUUCCCUGCAUACCCUCAACCCCCAUACAGUGGUUAUCCCUACUCUGCACAGCAGCAGCAGCCACCGCAGAAUCGGCCAUGGUGAAUGACAGAAAAGCAAAACACACUAUCACUGCAGUACAGUUGUAUGAAGAACGUGUUAUUACAUUUUCCUCUGAUAAUUUUAAAUUAUUUGCUUUAGUCUUACAAAAAGGAAAGCGAGAAAAGAUUCAGAAUCAGGGAAACAAGUUUGUUUUUUUAUAGAUUAUUCUAUAUAAUUUAUAUUUGUGCAAAGAAUAUAUUGGAUCUUAAAAUGUAUUUGAAUAUAAAUUAAUUUUUUUGUUCUAUCUGCUAAAUUAUAUACUUGUAUGUACUUCUACUUCUGUUACUUGAGACAGGUACAGAAAUAUAUGUAUGUAGGCCAGUGUAUGAUAAAGCAGAAAUUUCUAAGAAGGUAAUCUUAUUUUGCAUGUCAUCCUGAAAUGUAUUAACUAUAAUAAUAGCAUAUUCAGGGUUGAUACAAAGUGCUCAUAAAGUGAAGCAGUUAUAAGUCUAGAGUGCCUAACUUGUAGCGUAAUCAGAAACUGGUGAAUGUACCGAGAUUUGCAGUUCCCUGCCCAAACUUCAUACCAUACCAUCUUGGAGGAAGUCUUGUAAUCAGCAUUUCUUACUCUAGUAAGUAGUGCCAUUUUGUAUUAUUUUAAUGUACUUUAUUUUCUUGAAAUAUGACUAAUAAAAUAUCACUUAGUUACAGUUUCA